AUGGCCAUGGACGAAGACGAGUGGGACGCCCUGGAAACCUACCGCUCCCGCAAGGGGCUACCUCUCCAUGUCGCUGCUCACUGGCUCGUCCCGUACAGCGACCCUGACCAGGAGAUCCAGGCCACACUCGACAAGGCCAUUGAGAUGCAUCACACCUUCCACCCAUCAGCCCCGCCGUCUUUCUGCGUUUUCGGGGUCAAAUUGAUCGGUGACGGGGUCGUCGACAGCUGUACGGCUGCCCUGAGCCAACCAUACGGCACAAAGCCAGAUCCCGUUGAGCCUAUCUGGCCCGCGGAGAAGAUGGCAAAAAGUCAUCCACCAGGCCGACGCCGCGGGGCUUCAGUGCGCCGUACACGCCAUUGGAGAUAA